AUGCACGCUGAGACUCCAGUGUGUUAUAACUGUGAUGAAUUAAGUCGAACACAGCAGGGAAAUAACAAUGCCUAUUGUCAAGACAAUGAAAUAUCCUGGCUAAAUUGGGAUAAUUGUGAUCAACAGUUGCUUGCAUUUACACAAAAAUUAAUCGAAUUACGUCGUCGUCAUCCAGUUUUUCGUCGUCGAAGAUGGUUUCGUGGCCAACCAGUGAAAGAUGGUGAAAUUGAGGAUAUUGCUUGGUUUAAAUUUGAUGGUAAACAUAUGCAAGAAGAAGAUUGGCAACAUGAUUAUGCUAAGUCAUUUGGUGUUUUCAUUAAUGGUCGUGGCAUGCGUUCACGUACAUCAUUAGGUGUGCGAGUUGUUGAUGAUAGUUUUUAUAUUAUAUUUAAUGCUUAUCAUGGUUGUAUUGAUUAUAAGUUACCAUCGAAAGAAUAUGCUGAAGAUUGGACAAAAGUUCUAGACACGAGUAAAGGUUAUGUCGUUACUGAUGGGGAUGAAGGUGAAAAAUUUAAAGCAGAUGGUACAAUCACCGUACAUGACAAUUCAAUUUUACUUUUACAUCAUGCUAUUUUAAAACAUGAAAACUUACCAUAA